AAUUCAGCUAAUUUGCUUUCUAAUUUUGACCAUUCAUUAGACCCCAUAUCGAUCUUAUCAAGUGUAUUAUUGAUUAUAAAUACACACAAGACUGGGAUCUAUACCAUCCCAAGUUCUCAAAUUCCCAGAUUAAAAGCUCUCCUUGCAAGUUUUCUUAGAUAUCUCUGCCCACCUUUGCUUCAUUCUUCUUCUUUUAGACACUCUUAUUACAAUCAUGGGUUUCCGCUUUGCAAGCUUAGUUCAUGCCAAGCAACUCAUUCAGAGGCCUUUUUCAAGCACAAAAGAUAUUCCAAAAGGAUUUUUAGCAGUUUAUGUUGGAGGUGAGAGCAGAAUGAAGAGAUUUGUGAUCCCUGUGGCAUACUUGAACCAGCCUUCAUUCCAAGACUUUCUAAGUCAAGCUGAAGAAGAAUUUGGAUUCGAUCAUCCAAUGGGAGCUCUUACAAUUCCCUGCACAGAAGAUGCCUUCAUUGAUCUUAUUUCUCGCUUAAGCUCCUAGUCUGAUGAGUUUAGAUACCUAUAGAUGAUAACAGCUAACACUAAUUAUUGUUACAAUUUUUUAGGCAGACAAUGCCAUAUACAUUGUAUAUAUUUUUUCCUUGGGACUAACAAAAAGUUGUCUCCAAGAUUGAUACAAAUGAAUAUUAUUGGAAAUUUUCUUCCAUGAAUUCUGUGUGAUUGGAACUUUU